AGAUCCUUCCUUGUUGUUAUCUGCAUCAUAACCUUAGCUCUUACAUUUUUCAACAUUGUGACCGCUGAAGAUAUCUUCGAGGAAGGCAAGUCGGACAAGGAAAUUUUGGACAAUCUGCUGCUGUCAACGCGCUACGACAAGCGACUGCUGCCUCCAGUGCAAGAUGCAGAUUUCUGCUGCGGGUUGCGCCAGCCCGGAGAUGUGCUCGAGCAGCUGGCAGACUCCAACAGUUCUAUGCUAAUGAGUGAGCUAUCGUCUAGUGCCAGCUACCACGAUCACCAGAAUAAGCAUCAGUACACGAGCCCUCAACAGCUACGCUAUCACGUUCGUGGAACUCUGACUGUCAACGUAAGUGUGUUGUUGCUGAGUCUGGCAUCACCUGAUGAGUCCAGUUUGAAAUACGAGGUGGAGUUCUUAUUGCAACAGCAGUGGUACGAUCCAAGGCUUCGUUACAGCAACAGGUCACGCUACGAAUUCUUGAACGCUAUACACCAUCACAACGACAUCUGGCUGCCAGAUACCUACUUUAUCAUGCAUGGUGACUUUAAAGAUCCUCUCAUACCUGUACAUUUCGCUUUACGUAUUUACCGUAAUGGCACAGUUAACUACCUUAUGAGACGGCAUCUCAUCUUAUCCUGCCAAGGCAGAUUAAAUAUAUUUCCUUUCGACGAUCCACUAUGCUCAUUUGCUAUUGAAAGUAUAUCCUACGAACAGACAGCAAUCACGUACGUGUGGAAAAACGACGAGGACACAUUACGGAAGAGUCCCAGUCUAACUACUUUAAAUGCAUACCUUAUAAAGAAUCAGACAAUCACAUGUCCUAUUAAAUCAAGUUGGAGAGGUAAUUAUAGCUGCCUUAAAGUGGAUCUCAUUUUUACAAGAGAUAGAGCCUUCUAUUUUACGACUGUAUUUAUUCCUGGCGUGAUUCUUGUUACCAGUUCGUUCAUCACAUUUUGGUUAGAGUGGAAUGCAGUUCCAGCACGGGUCAUGAUAGGUGUGACGACAAUGCUCAAUUUUUUCACAACAUCCAAUGGCUUCCGGUCGACACUACCAGUCGUCUCAAAUCUCACCGCCAUGAACGUAUGGGAUGGUGUGUGUAUGUGCUUCAUAUAUGCAAGUCUACUUGAAUUUGUCUGCGUCAAUUACGUAGGCAGAAAGCGACCACUUCACAAUGUUGUGUAUCGUCCAGGCGAGAAUCCCGUAAUUCAGGGCGAAAAGAAGAGAGAAGGUAGCUCAACAACAAGUGGCAAUAGUGCACCAAACGAAAUCAUCACGUGCACCAACUGCGGCCCAAAUCCGUGCACGCACACUACGACCAAUGGACGUUCAUCUCAGUUAACAGAGGGCAAACUAGAGAGCAGUGAGGCGAUUAGUAAAUAUUUGGCAGUACCGGAAACUAUUUUACAUGGACAAGUAUAA